UCCCUUGCAGCUUAGACUGCUCAAAGUCCCUGGAUUUACAAUUUUGGCGCUCCAAUGAUCGUUGAUGCAGGAGCUCUGUAUGAGCUAGUCAUGCCUGCUGACUGGCGACUGAUCCUGCGUUAUGUCACGCUGAUUUGUAUAAGGAUUUGGCGAGUUCUCCAAACUUGGAACAUGGAGACUUCGCAUCCAAACUGUCUCUGAUCUUCCCAGGGAGUAAUCUUUGGUUGGUGAUGACAGUUCAAUCACUCUAUUAUAACAAUGGCGGAACCUAAUAUCACAAAGGUGGCAGCUACCCACCUCGAGGAUACGCUUGGCGAAGGCGCCAUCGUCGACGCGAAGCAUGCGUCUGACGAAGAGCAUUCCCAAACUCUACUCCAGGCCCUCAAAAGCAACCGAAAGGCUGUCUUUUGGUCUAUGCUUAUCUCAAUGAGUAUUAUUAUGGAGGGCUACGAUACAAUCUUGAUGGGCAAUUUCUUCGGAUAUCCUCAGUUUGCGAAGAAGUAUGGCCAAGAUUAUGGAGGCUCAAUUGGGUAUCAGGUCUCAGCGCCGUGGCAGUCUGGCUUGAACAUGGGAAGUACCGUGGGUGCUAUUUUCGGCGGUAUCUUGAACGGCUAUCUUGUGUCUGUAUUAGGCUACCGAUACGUUAUGAUCGGAGCCCUAUUUUUCAUGAACGCUUUCAUUUUCAUAGUGUUUUUCGCCAGCUCCGCAGCUGUGUUGUUGGUAGGCCAGAUUCUUUGUGGCCUAGCAUGGGGCGUCUUCGCUGUCGCCAGCCCAUCAUACGCGUCAGAGGUUUGCCCUACAAACUUGCGAGGUUACCUUACGACUUAUGUAAACUUGUGCUGGGCAAUUGGCCAGUUCAUCGCAGCAGGUGUCCUUGAGGGUCUAAUUCACCGCCAAGAUCAGUGGGCAUAUCGUAUCCCGUUUGCGAUUCAGUGGAUCUGGCCCCUUCCUCUCAUGAUUGUCUGUUUCUUUGCGCCAGAGAGCCCAUGGUAUCUUGUACGUAAGGACCGUGUGGAUGACGCGAGACAAAGUCUACGACGCUUGGGAGGAACCAAGACCGAGGAUCAGAUCAACGGCCAACUCGCCAUGAUGGUACACACUGUCAAUAUUGAAGCAGCGCAAGCAAAGGAAAGUAAAUCCUACGUCGAGUGUUUCAAGGGUACCGAUCUCCGCCGAACAGAGAUUUGCUGCGUGGCCUUCUUUGGUCAGAUCCUUUCUGGAAGCUCAUUUGCCUAUUCGCCCAGUUACUUUUUUACCACGGCUGGUAUGAGCGCCGAUCACGCGUAUCAGCUGAACCUAGGGGGCACAGCCAUCGCGUUUCUUGGAACAGUAUUUUCUUGGUUUUUGAUAACUCACUUCGGUCGGAGAACACUCUAUGUGACUGGCCAAGGCAUUCUUUGCACUAUUCUUUUUAUUAUCGGCAUCAUUAAUGCCGCGACCUCAGCUAAGAACGCGAUAUGGGCAGAAGCCGCACUUUGCAUUUUGUGGCUCCUCGUAUAUGCUUUGACAGUAGGCCCGUUAGCUUAUGCAAUUGUCUCCGAAACAUCAUCAAUCAGAUUGCGUCCACUUACGGUUUCACUGGCUAGAACGGCGUAUCAGAUCGUAAACAUUGUUUCCCAGGUUCUUGAGCCCUAUUUCAUGAAUCCUACUGCUUGGAAUGCGUCUGGAAAGACUGGAUUCUUUUGGGGUGGCACUGCUCUUCUCACUUUCAUAUGGGCUUAUUUCCGACUGCCGGAGACAAAGGGACGUACGUAUGAAGAACUUGACAUUUUAUUCGCAAGGAAGAUUUCGGCUCGCAAAUUUGCGUCAGAGAAUGUUGAUGCAUAUGAGACACACGUGGCCGAGGUUACAGAAAAAAGCUGAAGGUUUUUCGACUCAUUUGACAAUUGUGUCGGGGGUGCUCUAAAUGCGAAGAGUCAUCAGUGGAGAACCUGGAGCAUUAUGUCUAUUUUAAACUACCUAUCAUUAAUAGUACAUCGUUCUAUUGUUUCUAAACAUACCUAUGUCAACAUCAACAAGUCUACAUGAUUGGUACCAGG